AUGAUCUUUACAGUGGGAGUGUUUUUUUAAGUAUAAGCAUCAAACCUGUGUAACCAGUACUUUGUUGUGCCCGGACAACACAGAAUCACCAUACUUCCUGUAUCUAAAGUAGAAAUUCUACAUUUUGAGCAGCUUCUCCAAACCAGUCCAGUCAGUCAUGGCAGAGUGUCAGCAUUUCUCUUUCGGGAGUGAGGACUUAUACACUUCAAUGGGAAACCAACUGAAGGAAAUCAUAAAAGACAGCAAAUCAAUAAAAGGACCUUUCACAAGAUACAUUCUAAACACAGCAACUGUAAUCGAUGCAGAAAGACUAAAGAGAAAGACUUUUGGAGAAAAAGUCGAGGGCAAACCUCAUAAAACCAUUUUAAUGGUUGGAGAAACAGGAACAGGGAAGUCUACUCUCAUUAAUUCCAUCGUCAACUACAUGCUGGACAUCCAGUGGGAAAACGAGAUCUGGUGUGAGAUCAUAGAGACAAAAGAAAACCAGCAUGAUUCUCAAACAGAUACAGUGAAUGUGUAUGAUAUCUUUACUGAGCAGAGCCCAUUCUCUCUCACAGUCAUUGAUACACCUGGAUUUAGAAGCACAGAAGGAGCUGAGAGUGAUAUAGAAAUCGCUGAAAGUUUACACGAGUUAUUUCGAUCCAAGGAUGGAGUUCAGGAAAUUGAUGCAGUUUGUCUUGUGGUUUCGGCAAACACCACUCGACUCACAGACACACAGCUGUAUGUGUUUGAUGCCGUUCUGUCUUUAUUUGGUGUUGAUGUAGAGAGAAACAUUGUUGUGUUGAUUACACACGCCCAGGACAAGCCAGUUAAUGCCCUAAAGGCCAUCAAAGCAUCUCAGGUCAAAUGUGCUAAAACUUCUGAAGGCAAGCCUGUGCACUUCUGCUUUGACAACUCUCUUUGUGAACAACUUCAGGAUGAUGGUGAUAAUGAGGAUGAUGAUGACGAUGAUAAUGAUGAUGAUGAGGAGACAUAUUCUAAAAAGAAACCCCACAAAUAUCAAGAUCAGUGGAAAAAAAAUAAGAAAUCCAUGAAAAGAUUUUUUGAAUUUUUGAGCAAAGCCAGCCCUAUAAAUGUAAAGCUGACUGAACAUGUUCUGAGAAAACGCAAACAACUGAAGGCAUCCAUCAGCAACCUAAAAGAUCGAACCACACUGAUAGAACUCAGAAAAACUGAGCUGGAACAGACAAAAGCUGCUCUAAAGCAACAUGAGGAAGAAAAGAAGGACAAUAAGGACUUUGAAUAA